CGCAGCCGGGCAGCCCGACCGGAAGUGCUCUCCCUCACGGCUGCGCGGCUUCUGGCGGGGGCAGCCCUGACCGGAAGUAUCUGCCCCACGCCUGCGCGACUUCCGGCGGCGUGGGGCUGGACUGAACUGGUUGCUCCAGGCGUCGGUACCGAGUCCGGGAGAACGGCGGCCGUCUCUUCCCGGUACAGCGUGUGAGGCCGCGGUUCAGGUCGGGAGCCGGGCCGUGCGCGGGGCUGAGCUCCUCCAGCGCAGCUGGCGGGUGUCACUUCCAGCUCCCAAGCCUGUGGAGAUCUCCCUGCUGGAAGGAAGGGAUGAACCCUGGAUCCCAGGUGCGCACACCUUGGAGGACAUGGCAGGAGAGCUCAGCGCAGCAGGUGAUGGUAUCACAACUAUGAAGGAAGAUCUGCAGAACAGUGGCAUGGCCCAGAGGCAGUGUGCUAGCAUCCCUGUUGGAAAAGCCAGGAAGGAUGUCCAAGGGGGUGUGGAGCAAGGAGAGUACAUCAAGAAGCCACUGGGAAACUGUCCAGGAAAGAGAGCGAGGAAACACCUAGACUGCAGCACAGGUCAGAAGCAAUGUAAAGACUCAGUGAGCAAGGAAGUGUGCCAUAAGAAAAGUCAAAAUCCAUGUGAUGGGAGUGAGAAAAGCUUUCAAACUUAUUCUGACUGUGUUAACCAGCAGCACAUCCAUGCAGGAGGCAGACACUUUAAAUGCCAUGAAUGUGACAGGAGCUACAUAAAAAGUUGCAACUUGCAUAUCCACCAGUGCGUCCACACAUCAGAGAAACUUGAUAAUUGCCCCAAGGGUGAGAAGAACUUCAGUUCAGAUCUUCAUUCCCACCAGCGCAUGCACUCGGAAGACAGACCCUACAAGUGUCAACAGUGUGGGAAGAGCUUCAAAAGCAGUUCUAAACUCCUUUCCCACCAACACAUCCACACAGGAGAGAGACCCUUUAAGUGUCCCGAGUGUGGCAAGAGCUUCAAAAGCCGUUCUGACCUCAUCUACCACCAGCGCAUCCACACAGGGGAGAGAGCUUUUAAGUGUCCUGAGUGUCCAAAGAUCUUCAGAAGCAGUUCUGACCUUGCAAUCCACCAGCGCAUCCACACAGGUGACAAACCUUACAAGUGCCCUGUGUGUGAGAAGAGCUUCCGGCAGUGCUCCCACCUCAUGAUCCACCAGCGCAUCCACACAGGAGACAGACCCUACAAGUGCCUCAGCUGUGGGAAAGGCUACAAAAGCAGUUCUCAUUUGAAGAGCCACCAGCGCAUCCACACGGGAGAAAGACCGUUCAAGUGCUCCGUGUGUGGAAAGAGCUUCAAAAGCAGUUCCAACCUCAUCCGCCACCAGCACAUCCACACAGGAGAGAGACCCUUUAAAUGCCCAGAGUGUGAGGAGAGCUUCAAAAGCAGUUCUGACCUCAUCUACCACCAGAGCAUCCACACAGGAGAGAGACCCUAUAAGUGCCCCGAGUGUGGGAAGAGCUUCAGAAGGAGUUCCAACCUGACAAUCCAUCAUCGCAUCCACACAGGAGAGAGACCUUUUAAGUGUCCACAGUGUCCAAAGAGCUUUAAAAGCAGUUCCCACCUUAUCUACCACCAGCUCAUCCACACAGGAGAGAGGGCCUUUAAGUGUCCUGACUGCUCAAAGAACUUCAAAAGCAGUUCCCACCUCAUCCGCCACCAGCGCAUCCACACAGGGGAGAAACCCUACAAGUGCCGUGAGUGUGGGAAGAACUUCAAAAGCAGUUCCAACCUCAGAGGUCAGCAGCACAUCCACACAGGAGAGAGACCUUGCAAGUACUCUGAGUGUGGGGAAGGCUUUAGAAGCAGUCGUAAACUCAACUCCCACAGGCACAUCCACAGAGGAGACAGAUGACAGAAGUGCCCUGAGUUUGUGACAAGCUUCAGAAGCAGUUCCAGCCUCCUUACCUACAAGCACGUCCACACAAGAGAUAGAGCCUGCUAGUGCCACGAAUGUGAGAAGGUCUUCAGCUGGAACCCCAACCUGGUUCCUUGCUUGUGGAUUUGCAUGAUGAUGAAACCUUCACAAAUCGCUUGAGCAGAGGAAGAGCUCUGGAGCCAAAGCCAAUCAUGUUCCUCAUUCCUUCCGGGGGAAUUGCCCUGUCUCCAGCAGAAAGAGAGCAAUAUGGGCAAGUGGACAUGCAAAGGAGAAUCCAGUGAUUAUGGCAGGUGGAUCAGAAGCACAUUUCUGCAAGGUCUGUGUGCAGGGAAUUGUCUGAAGAAGUCAUUUCUUCUCACCCCAGAGAAACUCAUCUGCUGUGGGUCAACAGAUGAGGAUCCAGAUUAAACCUCAGCUGGACCAAGAAUUCACUCUGCAGGGAACGCAGGAAGAGCUUCAGCUGGAGCUUAACUUUUAGUAGACCCCAGUAAACCAACACAGGAGAGAGCCCCUGUGAGCACCUUGACUGCUGGAAGAAGUACGUCCAGAGCUGGGGGCUCAUCACACACCAGUGGAUACCAGUUUGGAACACAUCCCCUAUUUAUAUAUCCACAUUCAGUGCUGCCUGUGUUUGCCUGAGCAUGCUGCUCCCGGGGGAGGAUGGGAAGGAUGCCACAUGUGUGAGGUGUGAGCAGGUGGAGGAGCUGCUCUGCCUGGUGGUGGAGCUUAGGGAGGAGGUGGAGAGGUUAAGAACCAUUAGAGAGUGUGAGAGGGAGAUAGACGGGUGGUGUGACUCUCUGUGAGAAAGGAGCAGAGAUUGCAACCCCCAAACUAUAGUGGACCCUCUCCCUUGCCAUGGUCAAACCGAGAGAGCAAACUUGAGAAGAGAGGAGGAAUGGCAGCAGGUCCCACCUCAGCGAGUCAGGCAGCACUCAUCCCAACCUGCCUCGGUUCCUCAGGUGCCUCUAAUAGGUUUGAAGCCCUGAAACUGAAGGGUGAGGUGGCUGAGAAUGAGGUGGAGAGACAGGCUCCAAGCUUUUCUAAGGAGAGGCAGUCAGCUCCACGCUUGAAGACUGCCUCCUCCAGUAAAGAAAGGAGGGUGAUACCAUAAGUAACUCCCUUCUAUAAGGAAUUGAGGGCCCAGUAUGUCUGCCUGACCUCACCUAUAGGGAAGUGUGCUGCCUCCUCCCUAGGGCACGGGUCAGGGAUAUCUCUAGAAAGCUUCCUGGGCUUAUUCGCCCAUCUGAUUACUAUGCAUUAUUGGUAGUUCAGGUUGGCAGUGAUGAUGCCGCUGAGAGAAGCCUGAGGGCUCUCAAGGGACUGGGGAGGAUACUUGAUGGAGUGGGUGUGCAGAUGGUUUUCUCUUCUAUCCCUGCAAUGGUGGGGAAGGACACUGAGAGGAUCAAAAAAACCCUCCUCAUAAAUAAAUGGCUUAGAGGUUGGUGCAGGCACAAGAUUUUGGGGUUUUUUUUUGACCAUGGGGCAAUUUACUUGGCUCCUGGCAUGACGGCUGCAGAUGGAACUCACCUGUCUGCAAGGGGUGAAAGUAUCCUGGCCCAGGAACUGGUGAGCCUCACUGAAAGUUGUUUGAACUAGGUAACAAGGGGGAAUGGGACAAAAUGAGGGCCGCUGGGGUUGAGCGGGUAGUUCGAGGCUCAAAACAGAGCUUGAUGGGUGAUGAGGGUGGAGUUCGAAGGGAUGGAGAGCAGCAGGGGGAUGCUGCUUCCCUAGAGUGUCUGCACACAAUGUGUGCAGUAUGGGAAUAAACAGGAAGAGCUGGAGUUCUGCGUGUGGUCGCACGGCCACAAGCUCAUUGCCAUCACGGAGAUGUGGUGGGACAGCUCGCAUGGCUGGAAUGCUGUCAUGGAGGGCUGUGUGCUUUUUAGGAAAGAUCGGUUGGUGAGGCGGGGUGGUGGAAUUGCUCUUUAUGUGAGAGAGCAGCCAGAAUGUACUGAACUCCAGCUGGGGGAGAGCAGUGUAGCAGUGGAGAGCUUGUGGGUGAGAAUCAAGGGGCGGGCUGGUAUGGCUGACACUGCUAUGGGUGUGUACUACAGGCCUCCUGAUCAGGAGGAGGAGAUCAAUGAGGCCUUUUGUAAGGAACUGUAAGCAGUGUCACGAUCCCAGGUGCUGGUGCUUAUGGGGGAAGACUUCAGUUAUCCAGAUAUUUGCUAGAUAACAACGUGGCCAGGCACGCGCGGUCCAGACAGUUCCUGCAAUGUGUUGAAGACAACUUUCUGAUGCAGGUGGUGGAGGAACCGACAAGGGGAGGGCUGUUGCUGGACCUUAUUCUCACUAAUAAGGAAGGCCUUGUCAAGGAAGUAAAGGUUGGGGGCAGCUUGGGUUGUAAUGACCAGAAGGUGGUGGAGUUUGAGAUGUUGAGUGGAAGAAGUAAAGCAAAAAGUAGGAUUGCUACACUGGACUUCAGGAGAGCCAACUUUGAUCUCUUCUGGGACCUACUUGGAGUGAUCCCAUGGGCUAGGGUGUUGGAAGGUAAGGGGGUCUGUGAGAGCUGGUCAGCAUUUAAACAGCUCUUCUCCCAAGCUCAGGAUCGGUGCGUCCCUGUGAGGAAGAAAUGGGGAAAGAGUGGUAGGAGACCUGUGUGGAUGAGCAAGGAGCUCGUGCGCAAACUCAAAGGAAAGAAGAAGGCCUAUGAAAUGUGGGAAAAUGGUCUGACCACUUGGGAGGAAUAUAGAAAUGUUGUCCAGGGCCUGCAGGGAUGCGAUGAGGAAGGCUAAAGCCCUCCUGGAAUUCAAUUAGGCAGAGGUGAUAAAGGAUAAUAAAAAAGGCUUUGUUAAGUAUGUUAACAGUAAAAGGAAGACUAGGGAGAAUGUGGCUCCCCUACUAAGUGAGGGGGGUGUGCUGGUAAGGGGGGAUGCUGGGAUGGCAGAGAUACUGAGUGUCUUCUUUGCUUCUGUCUUCAGUGAUAAAGCUCUCCUUUGGGAAUCCCAGACCCUGGACGUUAGUGAGAGGGUCUGGGGAAUGGAAGACCUCCCUUUAGUCAGGGAAGAAUCAGCCCGAGAGCGCCUAGGCAACACCAGUGUUCAUAAGUCCAUGGGACCCGAUGGGAUGCAUCCACGGGUGCUGAGGGAGCUGGUGGAGGUGAUUGCUGAACCGCUUCUGUCAUCUUUGAGAGGUCUUGGAUAAUGGGGGAGGUGCCUGAAGACUGGAGGAGAGCCAAUGUCACUCCGGUCUUCAAAAAAGGCAAGAAGGAAGGUCCAGGUGAUUACAGGCCAGUCAGCCUCAUCUCUGUCCCUGGAAAGGUGAUGGAACAGCUUGUGCUGGAUGCCAUCUCCAGACAACUGGAAGAAAAGGAGGUUAUCAGGAGUAGUCAGCAUGGAUUCACCAGGGGGAGGUUGUGCCUGACCAACCUGGUGGCCUUCUAUGAUGUUGUCACUGGCUGGGUGGAUGGGGGGAGAGCAGUGAAUGUAGUCUACCUUGAUUUCAGCAAGGCAUUUGAUACUGUCCCCCACGACAUCCUUAUAACAAAGCUGAGGAAGUGUGGGAUAGAUGAGUGGACAGUGAGGUGGGUUGAGAACUGGCUGAGUGGCAGAGCGCAGAGGGUCAUCGUUGGCAGUGCAGAGUCUGGUUGGAGGCCUGUAACCAGCGUUGUUCCUAGGGGUCUGUGCUGGGUCCGGUCUUGUUCAACAUCUUCAUCAAUGACCUUGAUGAGAGGAUAGUGGCCACCGUCAGCAAGUUUGUGAUGAUACAAAGUUGGGAUGAUUGGCUGACACGCCUGAAGGCCGUGCUGCCAUUCAGCAAGACCUGGACAGGCUGGAGAGCUGGGCAGUAAGAAACCGGAUGAGGUUCAACAAAAGCAAGUGUAGAGUCUUGCAUCUGGGAAGGAAUAAUUGCAUGCACCAGUACAGGUUGGGGGAUGAGCUGCUGGAGAGGAGCUCUGUAGAGAGGCACCUGGGUGUCCUGGUGGAUGACAGGUUGGCUAUGAGCCAGCAGUGUGCCCUUGUGGCCAAGAGGGCCAAUGGCAUCCUGGGGCACAUUAAAAAGAGCGUGGCCAGCAGGUCGAGGGAGGUGAUCCUCCCUCUCUGCUCUGCCCUGGUGUAUAAUCAAUGGAUAUUAAGAUGUUACAAUCACAAAAUAAACAAGAGAGUUAGGCGAAGUAGAUUAAGAUAACAAAAGAGAAUAAAUGGAAGGCUUACCCUUAUGCUGGGCUCACCCACAAAACACCAGAAGGAGGGAUCUCCAGAAGAGAUCUUCCCUGCUGGUAGCCAGCUCUUAAAUAGGUCUAGGAGGGGUGCAGCCUGGCUCCACUGCUUCCAGCAGCACAGGUGAAUUGCCUUCACCUGUGCUCCUUUGGCUGACUCAUGGCUCGCCUCAGGUGAUCAAUCAGAGGUUCAGGCUGUGACUCAGCAGUUCCCAUACACUCCACCCCUUCAUGGCGUGAACCAAUGAUCAGGUUAACUAAAGGGUAAGCUUUCCCUAAUACAGAGAUCCGCUAUAUCGCGACGCUUACACAAUUUUAUUGCGACGUGUGUUCGUACAAUUCAAGACGAGUGAUGAUCAGUGGAUGAGUGCCCGUAAUUUGGAUCCUAAGUGGGGUGGCCCAUGUCGUCUGCAACAUUCUCAGGGCACUGGGUCUGCCGUCUUGAGGUCUUUCAUUCAAGUCCCGCAGGGUUUCAUACAGUCUUUUCAUCCACCCCUGCAAGGACUGGGAGUCUGUCUUCAGGGCAGCCUUAAGAAUACCAUUAUAACGUUCGAUGAGGCCUGCCCCCGUUGGAUUAUAUGGCAGGUGGAAUCGCCAUUCGAUGUUAUUUUCUUCUGCCCAGCGCUGUAUCGUUGCACCAGUAAAAUGAGUCCCUUGGUCGCUCUCGAUGACUUGAGGUGUCCCGUAGGCAGACAUCAGUUUAGUGAGUGCCUUGAUGGUAUAUGCCUGGAUUGCUUUCGGUACUGGAUAGGCCUGCAGCAGCCCACUUGCAGUGUCGACACAGGUCAGGGCAUAUCUUGCCCCUUCGGAACAAGGAAGGGGCCCGAUGUAAUCGACCUGCCAUCGCUGGAGAGGAUUGUGUCCCCUAGCAAGAUGGGCUGUUGUUUCGGGCAACGAUCUCGGUCUCAUCUUGGAGCAAGCGUCGCAAUCCUGGCAUGCCUGGACGAUAUCAGAUAGUUGUAUGGGCAGUCCCCAUGCUUUAGCAGCUGCCCACAUUGUCUUUUGUCCAGCAUGCCGUAGCUUCUGAUGCAACCAGCGGGCGAUGUUCUCAGAUGGUGAAUUCCCAAUCCAUCGAACUCGGGCCAGUGUGUUGGCUUCAUCGUUUCCCGGUGACUGUAGGAGCUGAUGACCAGAAACAUGGUAGACACGUACAGUCCUGUGUUUGACCGUAUUCCAUAUAUCUAACCACAUGUCUUUGCCCCAGAUCGGUCAGGCGUGGAUAGUCCAUUCCUGGGUGGCCCACUGUGCAAUCCAAAGAGUGAGCCCCCGGUACACAGCCCAACUGUCUGUGCAGAUGUUCAGGAUACCAUCACCGGGUUCCUUGGUUAUAACCAUCCACACGGCUCGCAGUUCUGCCCAUUGGCUGCUCUGACCAUCCCCCUCAUCAAACCAGAUUGUCUCAGUGGAAGGAUGGUAUGCUAUUGCCCUCCACUCUCCACAAUUGCUGAUUCCUCAGCAAUUGGGAUACUGAAGAAUGCAUUUGCUACAUCUAGGACACAAGGAUAGGUUUUUAUCUCCCUACUCAAUGUGUCCGUUAGGGAGGCAAUAUUGGAUACGGCUGCAUGAAAUUCCCCCAAGGAUUUUUAUGGACAGGCCUGGAACUUGCACCUUUUGGGGAUUUAUAGCCCAACCACUUGCUCGGGUUGCCCUUGCUGGACCUAUCUGUAUACCAGGCAUCUUCAGGGAUAGGAUAUUUUCCCUCCUGAACGGGACUCUUCUCUGGUGGAGCGACCAGUAUUUCUUUUGGUGCAUCACUGUGAUACGUAACUGGGCCUAGGAUCUUCUGGAGUUCUUCUUUCAGGGGGGAUGAAAACAGACUGCUCCUUUGGCUGAGAUAGGCGACCCAUUGUGCUGCUGUUUGUGCUUGGGCCACCCCUGUCUUAGGAAGGUGGGUCAGAUCUUUCACCCACCCCUGAAUUGGCAGAGUGGUCUUGACUAUAACUGCAGCUGUUUGAGUUAUUGGCUCUACUGCCUAUAAUGCCUAAUAGGCAGCCAAUAACCGUUUUUCAAUCAUACUGUAUCUUUCUUCUGCUCUGUGCCAAACCUGAGACCAGAAACCAAUGGGGGUCCAAACAGAGCUCUGGCGUUGCCACAGGCCCCAACCGAAGCCGUCUUGAGUAACAUGAACGUCCAACUCGGCUGGGAGGGUAGGAUCGAAUAUACCCAAUGCCUGGGCUUGUAUAACUGCCAGUUUUGCUUGUUGGAAAGCAUCCUGUUCGGUUUUCCCCCAGUCCCAUAGCUGCCCCUUUUUUGUGAGUCUGUAUAGCAGCCUUAGCAGCUGCGCUAGGUGAGGUAUAAAGGAACGCCAAUAACCCAAUAUACCUAGAAACUCUUGCAGCUGCUUUGAUGUUGUAGGGACUGGGAAGGCCUGAACCUUAUCUGUAACAGCACUGGGUAGCACUUUGGUCUUUCCUGACCAAACCACCCCCAGGAAUUUUACGGACAGGCCUGGACCUUGCACCUUUGGGGGAUUUAUAGCCCACCCCCUCUGUUGUAAAUAGGCAGUUAAUGAAUCUGCUGCCUGUCCUACUGCCUCCAGUGAGUCAGAUGUCAGCAGGAGAUCAUCAAUCAUCAGGUUUUCUCCAAUCAGCCAGGUCACGCGCCACUAGAUUGUGACAAUACUUUGGUGAAUGCACGUACCCCUGUGGCAGGACCUGAAAGGUCCACUGCCUGCCUCCCCACGUAAACGCAAACUGAUCUUGCGAUUCCUCAGCAAUUGGGAUACUGAAGAAUGCAUUUGCUAGAUCUAGGACACAAUGAUAGGUUUUUAUCUCCCUACUCAUUGUGUCCAUUAGGGAGGCAAUAUUGGGUACGGCCGCAUGAAUAGGCGGCGUGACCUUAUUUAAUUCUCUGUAAUCUACUGUCAUCCUCCAUGUGCCAUCCGACUUUCGCACUGGCCAUAUGGGGGAGUUAUACGGGCUGUGUGCAGGUCUUAUAAUGCCCACUUUUUCUAAUUCCUGCACCGUUCUCGAUAUUUCAUCUUGCCCACCCGGGAGUCUAUACUGUCUAACAUUAGUAAUCCGGCGCGGUUUCGGCGGGCAAACAGGCCCGUGUUUCACAUGGCCUCUUAAUAUUGCCUGCACCGCUCGGAUACUGAUACAUCUUUGUCGAAGUCUGAACUCUCCCACAGUUGUUUGGAGAGCCAGACCCCAUAGAAUGUCUAUGCCCAGGAUGUAUUCUUGGACUGGGGCAAUAGACACCUUGUACUCCCGGGGUGGGAGACGCCCAACCCCCAAUUUUAACCAUGUUUGGGUGACAGGAAUAGUCUGUCCCCCAAAACCACCAAUCAUCACUCUGUCGCCAUGAAAUUUUCCCGGAUCUCCAUAGAUAAUUGAUGUUUCUGCUCCAGUAUCUACUAGUGCCAUAACUCUCUGAAUAUUUUUUCGGGACCAAUAAAUAGUUAAUUCUACAUAGGGCCUCCGGUCCCGUCUGGAGGCCCUACGGGGACUAACAUCCCUUGUCACUGCAUGAAUUGUGCUAGGGCCAGUUCUUUUGCUUCCGACGGCUUAGGCAUUGUGGCCCGAGACACCUGAGGUGGCUCUUUUUUUCCUAUUUGAAACAAUAAAAUCUUCUAGGUUCCAUGUUGUUGUUGGAACCCUGUCUAUAGCUCUUACCCUUGAUUUCUUAGGGUAGCUCUGGAAUUUUUGAUUGUCCUUUAAUUGUCUCCAGAGCUGGAGAAGGACAUGGUUGGGCUGGCGGUCGAUCUUAGCAAAUUGGACCCCAGCCCGAAUUAAAUCAUUAAACAUUUGUUUUCGGGAUACCCUGAUGGGUCCCGAUGGAGGAGCUCGAGUAGCCAGCAUUUUGGUUUUAUUUACCGGCAGGACCUCUGCUUCUUCCAACAUCCGAAUAUUGCGCCUAGUCCGCAGGCGUUCUGUUUCUCCCAAGUCGGCAACUAACUGGGCAGCCUGCUGGACUACGGCUUCUGAUGCUACAAGGGGAUUUAAUAUGGAGACUAGGGUGCCGUACAGAUGGGAGGGAGCUUGCUGUAAAAUUAAAUCUCUCAUCCCUGCUGAAAAUUUAACCAUAUCAGGGCCAUCAAAUGUAUCUUCAUAGAUGGCCUCUCUUACACCCAGUUCGCAGAUAUAAUUUUGAAGGUCCUCCAUGGAGGACCACAUUCCUGUAUGUAACGGUAUGUCUGAUUUAUUCGGCCAUACCAUACGGCAGGCCGCCAUUAACCAUUCUAGUAUGGAAUGGUUUUCAUCACGAUAUUGAUUGCCUACGUAUAACCUCUGUCUGAGAGCAGGAUGGACGGUCAUGGUGGCCAACUUAGAUAUUUCUGGGCCAUUCACCAAGACACUUUCUGCCCCAGAAUCCCACAGUCUCAAUAACCAAGCCGGCACACUUUCUCUAGGCUUCUGCCGAAAUCGUUGUACUAAGUCCAUUAAUUCUGUUGCCGUGUAUGGCCGAGCUGUAACAUGUAAAUGAGUCUGGGCAGGGGGCCAUUGAUCAGGCGGCACCCCUGCCGGUCUGUCCUGUACUUUUUUUGUUUUUUGGGUUACAACAGGACGGACUUCCAGUGGAUCAGUUAGAAUUGGACAUUCAAGAUCUGAUUUGGAUUUCUUGUUCACCUGAUCAACGAAGUCUGUUGAUUCAGGAGUCUAGUCAUCAUUUAUUGAAAUGUUACGAAUUUGGCCUAUAGGAAGAUGUAGAAUUGGCUUCUUCCCCGUUAAAACGCCAAGUUCGUGCUCCAGCUUUUCAAUGCGGUCUUUCAAAAGCUGAUUUUCAGUUUCUAAAGUAUUAUUUCUUAAGUCCGCAUGAUUUAAGGCAGUCAAUAAUGGCCAUGCCACCAUGGAGGCAGCCAGUUGUCUUUCUUUAGUAGUGAGGACAUCCUUGCCAAGUCCUUGAAAAUAGUCCACCAUGCGAUAUGGGGAGAGAUUGCCCGUAACCUGUAAGGGACCCCAUUUUUCAAUGAUAGCAGCUAACUCAUAGUAGGGGGAUCCCUCAAAUCCUGGGAUCUGCCCUGGAAUCAUUUUCUCUAGAGGAGUAUUGUUCUCCCCCUUGACCCAUUUAUAGAAAUUCCAUAGAAAAGACAUGAUGUUAAUUUUAGUAUAUUCGGCCUGCCUGGCUCACCAAGUGUAUAAUCAAUGGAUAUUAAGAUGUUACAAUCACAAAAUAAACAAGAGAGUUAGGCAAAGUGGACUAUGAUAACAAAAGAGAAUAAAUGGAAGGCUUACCCUUAUGUUGGGCUCACCACAAAACACCAGAAGGAGGGAUCUCCAGAAGAGAUCCUUCCCCACUGGUAGCCAGCUCUUAAAUAGGUCCAGGAGGGGUGCAGCCUGGCUCCACUGCUGCCGGCAGCACAGGUGAAUUGCCUUCACCUGUGCUCCUCUGGCUGACUCAUGGCUCACCUCAGGUGAUCAAUCAGAGGUUCAGGCCAUGACUCAGUAGUUCCCAUACACCUGGUAAGGCCUCAUCUGGAGCACUGCGUCCAGUUCUGGGCUCCCCAGUACAAAAAAGACAGGGACCCCUUGGAAAGAGUCCAGCGGAGGGCCACAAAGAUGGUGAGGGGCCUGGAGCAUCUCCCCUAUGAAGAAAGGCUGAGUGAGCUGGGUCUGUUCAGCCUUGAGAAAAGAAGGCUGAGAGGGGACCUGAUCCAGGUCUAUAAGUAUCUAAGGUGUGGGGGUCAGAGUGGCAAGGCCAGACUGUUUCCAGCAGUGUGUGCAGACAGGACAAAGGGAGACGGCCAGAAAACUGCAGCAUAGGAAGUUCUGCACAAAUGUGCACAAGAACUUCUUUAGGUGAGGUGACGGAGUGCUGGAACGGGCUGCCCAGGGGGGUUGUGGAUUCUCCUUCUCUGGAGAUGUUCAAGACCUGCCUGGACACCUACUUGUGUGACCUGGUGUAGGGAACUGCUUUGGCAGGGAGUUGGACUCGAUGAUCUCUGGAGGUCCCUUCCAACCCCUAUGAUUCUGUGAGAAGAGCCUCUGCCACAGCUUGAGCCUUAUGAGAACAUUGACACUGGGGAGAAGUCCUGUCCAUGCCUGCACGGCAGCAAGUGCUUCAACCACAGCUCCAAGCUGACAAAGCACCAAUGAGUCCACAUGGCAAGAAGCCUCACAGAUGCCUCAAGUUUGUAAGAAGGGCUUUGUGCAGGAGCGAGAGUUCCCCACUCACAAGAGAUUGCACUCCUGGAAGAAAUGUAUGUUCCAAAUGUGGGAAGAGGUUCAACCAAUAAAAAAAAAUUCAAAAAAAAUAUUUUUCCAUGCCUUAUUUUCUCUUCUUUUCUUCCUGCAAGCAGCUUUUUGAAUUUGUUUCCUAAGGAAUAACGUGUGCAGGAAUGUUCUGUGUGUCUGUGUGUAUGUGUUGCUUCCAGUAAUUUCUGAUUCCACUGAUUAAUCAGAUGCAAAGGUCAGGAGAGCAGUGAAGUGGCUCUUGCAUGUUACUGAAAGUCACUUGCAGUUGAAAGGAAAGGGGGAGAAUAAAUUAACUGACUUGUCCCAAAGUUUUUCUUUUCCUUGGGGUCUGGCCCUGUUUUCUUAAAAUAAAAAACCAUGCAUGGAAGAUGUGGAAAUGUGGAAUCAAAGAAUCAGUUGGACUCUUAAAGGUCACGUAGUCCAACUCCCCUGCAGUGAACAAGGAAAUCUACAGCCAGAUCAGGUUGCUCAGAGCCUUCUCCAGCCUUGUGUGUAUCCAAGGAUUGGGCAUCCACCACCUCUCUGGGUAACUUGCUCUAGUGCCUCACUGCCCUGAUUUUAAAAAUCUUUUUUGUUAUAUCCAAUCUAAAUCCCCCCGCUUUUAGUUUGGAAACAUUUCUCCUUGUCCUGUCACAACUGACUCUGCUAAUUGUCUGCAUCCUUCUUUCUCACAGCCCCAUUAAAUACUGAAUGGCCACUCUCAGGUCUCCCCAGAGCAUUCUCUUCUCUAGGCUGAACAUCCCCUGCUCUCUCAGCCUGUCCUCGCAGGGGAGGUGUUCCAUCUGUUGGAUCAUUUUGAGAAAGAGGGAAUUUUUUUUUCUUAGCACUGAUUCCAGCAAACUGCUUGCUUCUGGGAGCAGGCAUGUUUGGCAUACACUGCCUUAACCAUUCCUAAUGGUGUUACACAUUGGCUAUACUCCUUUUUCCAGGUGGUUUGAUCAGGAGCUCAGGGCAGCUGUCAGACACCAACCUCAGUUGGCUCAGAUACAUGUGUGAAAAGCUUUGGUUUUUGUUCCUACAUUCAGCAUCCCAAGUUUCAACAGGUGCUGGGAGCAAAGUCAGAGCAAACCCACAGUGCAGAGAUUUCAGAGCACAAGAAGCUCUAUAGUGUGUGUUUGUCUUGCAAGAUAUCCCUGCACUGGGGCAGGAUUCUUCUCCACUCAUGCUCUGCAAGGCUGGCUGGGCAGAAAAGAUGCUCGUGUGUCUCUCCUCUUCUGUGACCACAGAAAGUAUUUGUUAUCGAGCAGUUUCCUCUGGAGUCACCAUAUCUCAGAGACAUGCAGAAGAAUGGGGAAGACUUUCUAUAUUUUAUCUCCCCAGAAUCAUUUUAAUUGCUGAUUUCCCCCCCCUCCCCAAGGUUUUAAGGUGCACCAUUUGCAAAGGUAAGGUUUUUUUUUCCCACUCACAGAAUCUACCUGUUUUGUCCCUGCUUUGGGGAAGAGGCCUUCUACAGGAGUCCUUAGCCCUUACAGAGUUGUGACUGCAGUGCCUGGGCUGCAGGAACAGGAGGAUUUUGGGAUCCAAGAUUGUUUGUUUUCCUUGUGAUGGUAGGAUAGGAUACCUGAAGGAGAGGGACUUCCAUUUCUGAAGUUGAUGUUCAUGCAGGAUGAUGUGCAAGGAGGGCUCUGUCACUGGGCUAGUUGAAACAGCAGUUGUAUCCAGCCUGCAGAAAGCUAAGCAACAAGAUGUUCACCAUUCAUACACAUCAGCUUGAAAUUCCAUCUCCUCUGCUUCAUGGGGAGCAGCCCCAGCACGCGUUAAGGGUUCAGAACCUAGGGGUCUGCAAACUGGAAAAAGCAAUAGUGAGUGUAUCAGCCACUAUGGAAAGGAUUAAGAACCUGACUAGGUGCCAUCCAGGGUCUGCAGGCAGAGAUCUGUUCUUUGAGGUCUUGCAGAAUAGAAUGUCCCUAGACCUUCACGCAGCAAAGGCAGGAGGGGUCUGUACGAUAAUUAACCAAAGUUGCUGUGCUUGUGUGGACCAAAAUCCACAUUUGGAUUCAUGGAUAUACAGCAUAAGUUCACUCACUGGCUCCCUAACUUUACCUGGGUAGAGCAACUGUUUGUAGCAGUAGUUGUACUGAUUAUCCUUAUAGGGAUAACCUGCAUAGGUAUGCAGUGUUCUUUCUGGUGUUGUCCUAAGAGAAAAAGACCUAGAUGAUUAUGCCAAGAGACAUCAUAUGAACCACCAGGUGGAAUCUAGAAAGUAAUUCAGGAAGGUGUUAAUGGACAGUGGUGCAUGGUAGGCAAAAGGAUUUGCUAAGGAUAUAAAAAAGGGGAGGAUGAAUCACGUGAACAGCUUUUCCAUGCUGUGAGAACAGACUUUCUGGAUAACUUGAGUGGAUAAAAGCUGAAGGACGAGCUGCUUGCGUACAGGUAAGCUCAAGAACAGAAUGCAGAGUUGCACAAACUUGCUGACAAACGAUGAUAAGAAAGAGGAGUAGAUGCUCUGUUGUUGAAGACAGUGAAACAGAUCCUCAGCCCAACACAACACCAAUACCAGCUGGUUCAGGCUAUCCCCAGCUCCCUUAAAAGGUUGGAAGUUCACAGAGAGGUUCACAUCUAGCCUUCAUUCAGUGACCACCAGAGACCCCCACCACAUUUUAUGAUGCACGCUCAAGAGGGUGGGACAAUAGGAUUUUCUUGGCAGGGGGUUUGAUUAUGAGUGAUGCCUCAUUCAGCAAUUUCUGUUCCAAAGCUUUGAAGCCCACUCCUUCCUAGGCUGAAUACUGCCAUAAACUGCACUGUACCGCUCUGAAUAAGUUUUGUGCUGCACUGCAUUGCAAACAUACCAUUGUAUUGCAAAUAAGCAGUGUUACUCAUUAAAUUAUGGAGCAGUUGAAUUCACUGCUGCUUGUGACCCUCUUUGUGUAAGCCUAUAAAUUUCAUGUGACCCAUGGAACAAAUAACACUGGGACAAGCAGUACCAGGAUUAACACCAAGGAUACCUAAAUUUGUAUUUAGCAGAUACCCUGAAUUACUCCUCCAUGGGCAGGAUGUGGGGGAAGCACUCAUUGCUCUCUGAGCAUCAGCAAACCCUCAGCUCUGGAAUUCUGGAUAUUUUCCAGCUGGAUCCUUCCAGAACCAGAGCUGGAGAUGGAGCAGGAGAGCACAGCCUUCUGCGUUGCUCCCCCCAGGACUUCCUUGUGCAAAAGCUGUCCUUUGAGAGACCUGCAAAGCCCGGCAGGAUGUGGGGGAGGAGCACUGCAUGCCCUCCUAUGAGCUCCCAUAGGAAGCCACCACUUUCGUUUUUGCUGCUUUUGCACCACUGCAGCACUUUUGGAGCUCCACAGUGUUGCUCCCAGGACUGAGUGGGGAAGAUGCCACUAAAGGAGAAAAAAGAAAAGGAGAAGCCUUGCAGUGACAACUGUAACCCUGGGCAACUGGGGGAGAGUGUGGAGAGCCUGAUGAAGAACAUUGAUGUGUGCCGCAGCGUGGGCCUGGAGAUCAUCAACAGGACCAAGACAGUGAUACUGAAGGAGUUCAGGAGUUACUGCUUCAGUGGCCAGAAUGUGGAUCCCCUGCCCUUUCAAAUUGGCCCAGACUCCAAAGGAAUAUGUGCCUUUGCAAAAACUCCCUACAGCCUGCGAGGGAGCGUG